CCUUCAUUAUCCAUGGUACAGUAAGUAUGCUCUUUUCUUUGAAAGAGGGCAAACGAACAUGGUAACGAAACCCCUGGAAUUUAGUGAAUGGGUAGCGAUAGACGGAUGAAUGGGAUAGACAGAUGAACGCUGGGGUGGUGGAUGGUUUCCUCAAACAAAACCAGAGAAGCUUCAUUCUCAGGAGAGGUGCUGCAUGACCGUUCAGAGGGGGUGACUUGGAUGUUCAGAGGUAUUGCAUCUUUGCAAUAACCUCUAAACUGAUUUCUUAUGAUGACCGGAUUCUUUAAUUCAAAGAUACUCGUGAUUGGCUAGGGCUGUUGUGAUUGACAGGGAAGUGAAAACCCCAACCCCGGGAAUGCUCACUUUAGCUCCUACCCUCACUCCCAAUCUCUGGGUGACGGAUUGAAAGCUUUUCUGUUCCCUGACUGUAACCCGGGUCGCUGUGAAGGGAACUCAACGCUUCAUCAUAGCUCCUGCAAAGAAGUGUUCCUGUAGCAUCAAGUUCCCUCACAAGUGAACUACACUGGGUUACAUGCGUAACUUAGUUCCCUGAGACGUUUAGCAUGCCAGAGGUUUAGCAUUGUGCUGUUGUUAGUGCUUGGACCCCACAGGUUCUAUUAGCAAGUGAGUGUUGCUCUACCAGUAAUCUAUCAAUGGUCCCUUAAAGUAGCCAGAAUCUCAGAAUCUCUGUCUCAAAGAGCACAAGCAAGUAACCUUGCGAAGUAUCACAUAGUCGACAGUGAAAGGAAAGAGACAGUGAAAAUAAAGUGAAUCACAUGUCAGUUAAACCUUUAUCGAUUUAGUUGUCUUUGUUUUUCUGCUUGUUUUGUACAUUUUUAGGUCAUAAUUCACAACCACAAGCUUUUCUACUGAGGUGUCAUGUUUGUGGUGUCGAUACCGAAUGUCUUGACAAGUCCCUUGUUGAACGUACAGUACCGCUACUCUAGAAGUGAUAAUGUGUUAGAACGAGGACAUUAAUAUAAACCUGUGAUUAAUUUAAACCUGUGACUAUGUGUUACUAAUUCCCAGUGUUACCUUCUCUGUGUGAUACUCUCUCUCUGUUCAGGUGGGCUGUUUCUUUACCUUUGUUUAACAACACGUCGUCACUGCCUAAGGAUAAAAGCUAUGGCACCAUCUUCUCUCCACUCUGUUGUUUUCCUGCUGUCCUUGUGCCUCCUCCUUUUCUUUCUUCCAACCUGCACUCCAGAGUCCCAAAACGAGGAAGAGUCGACGGUUUCUCCGACAGUGCUGGAGUCGUAUGAUGCAUCCUUGUCCACUAAUGCCAGUUCGAAACGCUGUGGUGAGGCUGUCAAGUGUCAACCAGGUAUCAUCCUGCCUGUGUGGAAGCCUACUGACCCGGAACUUGGAGAAAAGAUCGCUCGUGCUGUCCUCUAUUUCGUCUCUUUGAUGUACAUGUUCCUGGGUGUAUCAAUCAUCGCGGAUCGCUUCAUGGCAUCCAUUGAAGUUAUUACAUCACAGGAGAAAGAGGUCACGAUCACGAUGCCCAGUGGGGAGACGACAGUGGCCACGGUGCGCAUCUGGAAUGAGACCGUAUCCAACUUAACACUAAUGGCGCUGGGCUCCUCUGCUCCUGAGAUCUUACUGUCUGUCAUCGAGGUUUGUGGUCAUGGUUUUCAAUCAGGUGAACUGGGUCCCAGCACGAUCGUGGGCAGUGCUGCGUUCAACAUGUUUGUGAUCAUUGGUAUCUGUGUUUGGGUGAUCCCUAACGGAGAAGUGAGGAAGAUCAAACAUCUGAGAGUCUUCUUCAUUACUGCCUUCUGGAGCAUCUUCGCAUACAUAUGGCUUUACCUUAUACUCGCCGUCAUCUCACCCGGAGUUGUCCAGGUUUGGGAGGCCCUGGUCACACUGUCAUUCUUCCCAGUUUGUGUGAUUCUGGCCUGGAUCGCCGAUCGCCGUCUCCUCUUCUACAAGUACAUGUCCAAGCGCUAUCGAGCUGACAAGAGGACAGGGGUUGUCGUGGAGACAGAAGGGGAUAUGUCCCCUAAAGGAGGGGAUAUGAUCAUGCGUGGGAAGUUUCCAUCGAGUGCGUCAGCUGGAGUCAUUACCCUGGAACACUGCCAAGACGGGCCUAAUAACAGCGCAGGCACCAUGGCAACCCUGCUGAAGUCCAACAGCACCACCAUUAACAUGGAGAGUACAAAAGACCUGGACGAGAGCCGCAAAGAGGUUAUUCGUAUACUGAAGGACCUGAAGCAGAAGUAUCCCAAAAAAGAUCUGGAUCAGCUAAUGGAGCUCGCUAACUAUUACGCCCUGCUACACCAGCAGAAGAGCCGCGCCUUCUACCGCGUCCAGGCCACACGUAUGAUGAUCGGAGCAGGCAAUGUGCUGAAGAAGCACGCGGCGGAUCACGCACGCAAGGCGGUCGCUAAAGACGUCAGCGCAUUUGAGCACGACGAUCACGCCACGUGCAGCCGCAUCUCCUUUGAGAGUAACCACAGCCAGUGCAUGGAGAACUGCGGCACUGUCUCCUUAGCCGUGGUGUGUCACGGGGGAACUGGUGAGAACACCUUUUACGUGGACUACCGCACGGAGGAUGGAACCGCCAACGCUGGCUCAGAUUACGUGUACGGCGAAGGGACGCUGGUGUUUAAACCGGGCGAAACCGUAAAGGAGAUAAAGGUCGGUAUUAUAGACGACGAUAUCUUUGAGGAGGACGAGCACUUCUUUGUGCGUCUGCUGAACCUGAGAGUCGGCGAUGCUGAAGGCAUGUUCGAAAGUGACGAGGCCGGUCAGGGGCCCAAGGGACGCUUAGUAGAACCUCUGGUCACCACGGUGACCAUUUUGGACGACGACCAUGCAGGCAUCUUUACGUUUAGUGAGCAGAUCACACGUGUGAGUGAGAGUGUCGGCACCAUGGAGGUGACGGUGGUGAGAAACUCGGGAGCUCGUGGAACUGUGAUCCUGCCGUACCACACAGAGCCUGGAACAGCGCAGGGAGGAGGUGACGACUACGAGGACGCCUGCGGAGAGCUGGAAUUCACCAACGAUCAGACCACGCAAACCAUUCAGAUUAGGAUCAUUGAUGACGAAGAAUAUGAAGGCAGGAAGAACUUCUCUACAAAUCUUUCUCACCCUUCCUUUUCUGUCUCUCACACUCCUUCAGCUCUGCUGCUCAAUCAAGAGGAGCAGGAAGGGGAGCUCAACACCGAGAAAGAGGAAGCCAAGAGAAUAGCGGAGAUGGGGAAGCCGAUUUUGGGCGAGCACAGCAGGUUGGAGGUGGUCAUCGAGGAGUCCUACGAGUUUAAGAGCACCGUAGAUAAACUGAUAAAGAAGACCAACUUGGCCCUAGUGAUUGGCACACAUUCAUGGAGGGAGCAAUUUGUGGAUGCAGUGACUGUCAGUGCAGGAGACGGAGAAGAUGAAGUAGAGGGACGGGACAAUCCGCCUUCCUGCUCCGACUACGUCAUGCACUUUCUGACGGUCUUCUGGAAGGUCCUGUUUGCAUGCGUUCCUCCAACCGAGUACUGGAACGGCUGGGCUUGCUUCAUGGUGUCCAUCACCGUCAUCGGCCUCCUGACCGCCGUCAUCGGAGACCUGGCUUCCCACUUCGGCUGCACCGUGGGGCUCAAGGACACGGUGACUGCUGUGGUGUUUGUAGCUCUAGGGACCUCCAUUCCAGACACAUUUGCUAGUAAAGUGGCUGCCACACAGGACCAGUAUGCAGAUGCAUCUAUUGGCAAUGUGACUGGCAGCAACGCCGUGAAUGUCUUCCUGGGCAUCGGUGUGGCCUGGUCAGUCGCUGCAGUCUACUGGUCAAUAAAAGAUGGCAGAUUUGAAGUGGAUCCUGGAUCCCUGGCCUUCUCUGUCACCCUCUUCACUGUAUUUGCCUUCAUCUGCAUGGCCGUUCUGCUAUUCAGGAGACGGCCGUCCAUCGGGGGUGAGCUCGGAGGUCCUCGACUUUCACGCAUCCUCACCACGUUGCUGUUCUUUGGUCUGUGGUUUCUAUACAUUCUCUUCUCCAGCCUGGAGGCCUACUGCCACGUCAAGGGCUUCUAGAUCUUUCGUGAUUUGGAGAUCAGAUUUUUACUUCAAACUACACACCAUAAAGACAUAUAACGAGUCGAAGGCAAAGAUACGCUUAGCGACUUGCAAAGCUUUCUGAAGCGCUUUCUGAAGAUGAACAGAUGAAAAAAAUUAGAUAAAGCUGCACACAAACGCUAAGAGAACAGAUACAAGACGCACACAAAAACGCAUGAAGAAUGCUUCGUAUCGGCCACUUUAUAGUACAGUAAAACUUUUAAAAGAGAAUACAAACUUUUACCAUGGGGUCUUAUGAACAAGGAUAGAAGAGUAAGAUAUGAGAAACAAAAAUGGUCCCCAUUAGAAGAUUUAAACGGAUAUAAAAAUAUUCAUUUGUUGUAAAAUCCAAAAGUGACAUUAGUAAAAGUUUCCCAUAAUCAGGAUCGUUUUACACACGUGGGCGUCGUUACGAAUGAUCGGUAGUUAACGGCUCCGAGGUUUUUCUCGAGUAGAAGUUUUUAGACUUGACCACCACCUUUAAACACUUGCCUUUAAGCCUCCAAAAAUAAAUAAAUAAAUCAGGGAUAGAAAAUGUGGACUGAAGAAGCAGAACUUUGCUUUCGCUGCAAUUUGACAUAACGAUUAAACGAACAAACGACACUCUAUCGAAGCUAUAAAACCGUUACGGUGUGAACGGGAUAGAAUCGAACUUUAAAUUCACUAUAAAGCCGUUGUCACGUGUCCACGGUUUGUCACGUGUCCACGGUUUGUCACAUGUCCACAGUCUGACGCUGAGCGAGCACUAAUCUGAAGGGAAUGAAGUGAAACUUUAACUGAAAAUUUUCUGUCCUUAAUGUCAAAGCUGGGGACGACUCCGAUAUCCUCCAUACUACUAACAGUAUUUGUUUAUUUAUUGUGUCCUAUUUAUAUAUUUAAUAUACAUGUAUGUUUGUAUUUACAACCCAAAAGUAACAUUUUAAAAAGGGACACAAGGGGACUCUUAUUAGGCAAGUUGGCCAUUUAUUUUUGUUUCUUUCCGUCAGCGAAGUCUGUUGGCGCUAAUAAUAAUAAUAAUAAUAAUAAUAAUAAUAAUAAUAAUAAUAAUAAUAACUAGUAGCCUGAUUUAAAGCACCAUGACCCUGACCAGGCAGUUACUAAAGAUGUUCUGAGAGAUGAUCCAGAGUCAUGGCUGAACAAUGAUUUUCUGUCCCAUGACUUUUUAUCGUAAUUAGUUGAAGUUCCAGCUGUUUUGAAACCUCACAACCCCCCAAAGUUUUUCUUUACUCCAUCACCAUUAUUGGGGGAGCAGUGGUGGUGAGGGGCGGCGG